AUGCACUCUGCCGAGAGAGCUGUCGAAAACGAUCGACUGCAAGGUACAGAUUUUGAUCUCACUCAAAUCACUGGAAAUCUGCGAAUACGGUUGGUCGAUAUGCCUUCGAAGAAUGAUUUGGACAGACUUAUUAUCCAAAACCAUGGUAGUCUCUACGAAGGGGACGUUUUCUCCCUCCUUCGGAGCUCUUCGCAUGUUAUUCGCUCCUUUGAAUUUGCUUUGGCUGACGGAGCGCUGAGUUGCGCUGAUACUUUUCACCCAGAUACCAGCUUUGCCGAUAGGUUUUGGCGGACCGAUCAAGCUUGCCUCGCAGGGCAGAAGCUUGUCCUGAUCCUUUUCGACAUCAAGGCCAGGACCUCACAGAUGGCAGGGUUUCAACAGUAUCUCACGAGGUCACGACAACAAAAGUACGUUGCAUUUUACAUUGGCGUGUGUACGGCGGAUACACGUUUUGUCGAACUGGUGCCCAAUCUUCAACAGAGCAGUGAGAUCGCCGAUGACAUCCGUUCUGACCCCAAUCUUUUCGGCAAGGCUACUGGGGAGGAUGACUGGUCCACUGAAGGCGAUUCUGAUGACGCCUCGGACUCUGACAUCGCGCGAUCAGGCCCGCCCCUGUCCGUGAACACGUCGAGGCGCUCAAAGCUGCGUCCUUCAGCUUACUGGCUUGAUCCGAGCAAUUCGCCCUACCGGAUGCCGGUCUCGCUCCUACACGAAGCGGUCAACCGCGUCCUCCACACUUGCCUUACAGGAGAUGAAUAUGUCAAUCCGUGGACAAUGGUCGCUUUCCCUCACUGGAAGCCUGCAACAGUGGACAAAACGGAUAUGUUGAAGCCUAUCGAGUCAAGUGACCACUUCUCGGCAUACGAAGCAGUCAUGGAGAUUUACAGGGCAAUUGAGAGCAGCUCAUCAGAAUUGCCUCUCAAGGUAGACUUCAUGGGGUUACAGCCCCGUGUCGCCGACUUCAAGAUUGUUGUUAAGCAGUCCUCCAAUGCUCCAGCUUCGUCUUCGCCAGAGAUUUACCUCGAUGGAUAUUCACGUCAAUACUUUGUCCAGCACAAGCUUGACGCACGUGAUCGUCCACUCAAUGCGCCAUUGGAGAGGGUCGCAAUCGCACGAGGGAUUGAAGAAGAGUGCCGAUGGUACUUCGCAAAUUUUGACCGCUUCGAUUUUCUCUUCUACCAGUUCAACCUCACGGCACGUCCUGAUCCGCGUCCUCAUCGGGUGUGCUACUUCCUUCCGGAAUGUGUCAUCCCUGAUGACUUCUAUACCACCCUGGAGAAAGAAGUCUCUUUCGACAUACCAAAAUUUCAGGCCUACCGUAUAGUGAUGGAUAACGAAGGGCAUUGGGCGUCUCGAAUUCUGCAAGUGAUCCUGCAAAACCAGGAGCCGCGACAAGUGUCACCUCGGCCGACACGUAUCAUCGAAGCGACAGCGUCCAGUAACCUGGAACAUUGUGAAGAGCUUCAGCCAAUACUGCAAACAAGGAACACAUUAUCCUCCGGACGUGGACGGUAUGCCAGCGUGAUGACACAGCAGCACAAUCAGUUUUUCUGGGAGAUUUUGAUGCAAUGUGCCAUGGAACGGAGAGGCCUUAUAUUUGCUCUCAGUUCCGAUCACCCCAUGGGAGAUUUUGGGUUCUGCGACUACACUUGGACAGAUAUCGAAUGUCUAAAAUUGCGCAAGUCUAGUACGACGCCCCGAACGAUUCAUGAGCUACCAGCCGAGACUUGCACUGUGCCACUCUACUACUUUGUGAACUCCGUCGAAUGCGAUUUCCGGGGCCCAGUUGUUACAGCGCCGCAGUUUCGUCGCCUGAAUUCGUGUGCCAACAGUCGUUUUGUAUUGUGGAACCUUUAUGGUCUGGAUGGCCAGAACCAAUCCAGCCCUUUGAGCAUAAUCCCAUCGGACGAUUUACACCCAACCCUCGAACAGAGGGAUCGCUUCUCAGAGAAUCUAAAGGUGAAGAAGAAGGAGAAGCAUGUGAAGCGAUCCCCACAAGUUUCACACCUCCUAAACAGCGGACUUUUGGCAGCCGAUUACAAUAUCGGGAAGAGGGGGCCUCUAAUCUAUAGUGAGUCUGCUUGGCAUAAACUCUGGCAAUUCUUUAUCGACGCUGCAUCGACGCAGGAAGAAUUCAAGCAUCCUGCGGGGUACAGGAGGGACAUAGGACGCUAUAGAUGUUCGCUUCAAGACAUUCAUACAAGACUAAUUCAAGAGCACAAGUAG